AUGACUAGCCCGGUUGGGUCGGAGCUACAAGGGGUUGGAGAGCGAGGAUACGUCAACUUGGGCGAGGGGAGUGGGAGUUUUAUCUCGGGGAUCGGAGUCCCGAUCAUUCGGAACGGGAACGGAGUUUCUGAUCCUGCCUCUCCUAAUCAAUCGCCCAGCUCUAGUACGAGGUCGAAGUCGGCUUACGAUCCGGCGACGGUCAUUAGCCCUCCCCGGAAAUUGACACGAGAAGUCUCUGGCACGUUCGGACCUAGACCCGUCGUAAAGGAACGACAAGAGAAAGACGAAGAACCUUGUCGGAUCAGACCGGGAGAUAUUCUCAUUGCGCCCGAAGGAGAGUCUGUACCCCGGCUCGCUCAGGCCGGUUCGACGUCGACGGCAGGAUUGUCAAAUGGGUCUACAUCGACAUCGACAUUGACUUCUACCGAGGCUGAUUCUGCGCGACAACAAGAAACGUCGCAUUCGAGGUACUGGAAAGUGGACCGGGUGAUGGGUGAAGGCGCUUUCAGUCUCGUCUGGAGUGCGAGGGAGAUGGUUCGGUCUAUCCGGCGACCAAAGUCGAGGUCCACACUGUUGGUCCCCCAGUCAUCGACUUCUCGGUCCGGGCGAGUCGGCCAAGAGGAUACCGAUGACGAGGAGGAGUACGAGCCUAAGGGCGACGAGGUGGUAGCGAUCAAGAUGAUGGAUAAACGGAUGUGCAAGGAGAAUGAUCGGACGAGGAUCAGUUUCGUUCGGGAAGUGGCCGUCUUACGACAUCUUUCCCACCCUCACAUCGUCUCGUACCUAUCUUCUUUUUCUACCACGCAAUACCACUGUCUUGUCCUUGAAAACCUUUCGGGAGGGGAACUAUUCGAUCUCUUGCAAACGCCCGGAAAUCAUCGACGUAUGGGGGAAGACCUGGUUCGACGGAUAUUCGGGGAGCUCUGUCGAGGCGUGUACUGGUUGCACGAGGCCAAGGUCGUCCAUCGGGAUCUAAAGCUAGAGAAUAUCAUGUUCACGGUCAACCCGUUCGCGCUCGUGGACAAGUCGGAUCCGACCGCCAAGAUCCCGAUCGACAAGCUGCCCACCCCCUUGGUCAAGCUGACAGAUUUUGGUCUGGCUCGGUUCAUCGACCCGGCAUCGCCCAUGCUCCAGACUCGAUGCGGAUCGGAAUCGUUCACCGCCCCCGAGAUCAUCAUGGGCAAUCCGUACGACGGGAGGGAUACCGAUUCCUGGGCCGUCGGGGUCAUCCUCUUUGCUCUGGUCACGGGGGAGCUGCCGUUCGACCGCGUGACCUCGGCGACCGCGCACGACGAGGAGGCCCAGAGGAGGAAACGGAUCAUGGCGAUUGCCAAGGGGGACUACAAGUGGCCCAUCGGCGUCGGCAGUGAGGGCGUUAAAAAGGUCGUCGCGCGGUUGUUGACGCGAGACGCAUCUAAACGGACUCGCGUAGGACCGGCGCUGUGGGACGAGAUCUGGAUGCAUGGUCCUGGCAGCGUACCGUGUCCCGCAAGUCGACAGCCGGGCGCUACCGACGAGACCUUGCCGGACGGUCGGAUCAAGCUUCUGGACGGAUUCCUGUUUAACAAGGACAUUGAGCUCGAGGCUAGGAGGGAUGCUUUUUGA